ACACACACACAGUUUCACACACACACACACAGUUUCACACACACACACAGUUUCACACACACGCACACAGCUUCCCGGCGUCUGUUGCUGUGCCGCCUGGUUCGACCGACGGUUCAGACUCGGGCCCUAUUUUUAAAAGCCGCGAAGCGACCUGCGGGGAGUGGGGGGUUGGUGGUCUGUGUCCUGUGGCCAUGUCCAUCGCGAGCGCGCUGCGGGCCACGUGCGUGGCUCACCUGCUGCUGGCCGUGGUGCACGGUGGCGGUGGCGGUGGCGGUGGUGGUGGCGGAGGUGAAGGCGGCUUCGCGACGGCGUCGGCGGCGGCUUCUUGCAACAGCACGUGGCAAUACCGGCGACACGGCGGUGCCUGCUGUAGCAAGUGCACACCAGGGCACUACCUGUCCGCCAGGUGCACAGCAGACGCGCCCAGCCGCUGCGAGCCGUGCCCCCAGGGCACUUUCACCGCCGACCUGAACACGCGACGGAGAUGCAAACCCUGCGGGCAGUGCAACACAGGACUGGGACAGGUGCCUCUUACUCGCUGCUCCUCGACACGGGACGAGGUGUGCGGCUGCCUUCCCGGCUCGCACGCUUCUCGCGAGCACAACUACGGCUCCGUGUUCCGCUGCUGCCGGAACUGCCCGCGCGGCCUUGGGUCCCUGGCCCAAUGUGACCUCGUGACGGACGUUGCCUGCAGGCCGUGCCCCCCCGGUUUCUAUAGCGAUGGCUCGGGUGGGCAGUGCCGACCCUGCACCAGGUGUCCCGGGGCUCAGCUCACCUCGUGCUCUGCCACCAACGACGCCGUCUGCCUUUCGGAAGCGAAACUCGCUCCAGCCCCCAACAGGCUGACGGUGGAGGCGAUGGCAAGUUCGGCGAUCGGCGCCAUCUUCGGCCUGCUCCUUGUCGCCACCCUGCGCGUCGCUCUCCACGCUUGGAAGCAGAAACAUCGGCGUCGACACCAAACUCGCAUUCGUUGACUUGCGGAACGGGGGGUGGGGGGGCACGCGUGCAUCACAGUGGCUGGGAAAUGUUA